UCUGUCUUAACCUACCAACACGAGAUUAUCUUCUCCAUACAAAUCCCCAGCAUUACUGACGCCCAUAGUUCGUGGUGAUAACAAGCAUAUUCCGAUGUUAUACUACACUCCCGUAUCCCAUUCAACGGCAACCUCGCAGAGGGUUCAUAUCCGUUCGAAGAAGGAUGAGACACUAUUACUGGAAUAUUCAUGGGAUCUACUCAAGAGCCCAUCCACCGAAAAUCCCUGGCAGUCCAUAGACAUCGUUUUCCGACACGUAACGUCAUCUAGAGUCGUCAAGGUUCCCAGUAACUUUGAUGGUCUGUACAUCCUCCAUCAAAGCGAUGACAAUGCCCCAGUGGAGAUUUCUGCAAAGUCCUUUGUCUCACCCAAAGCGUUCGAGUUCUUCUUGCAAUGCCUUCGGGCAACAACCGCGUCUAGUCCGCGUGUAGCGAAACUUAUCGUCCCCUUGCAGAAAGGAUAUAUUGUGCGCCCAGACAUUAUUCCUCUGCGCCUACGGGACUCCCAAUAUGUGGAGACGGCAGUAUCCUUUGCAGAGCCCUUUGAGACCUACGAUGGCUGCGCAAUUUCAGUUUCCGAUACCCCCGACCUAGCAGCACUUUUCUCCGCCGCCACGGCCGGACUCCUUCUAUAUCAUGAAUCCCAGCCCGUCUCAGAUCACAGUCUUGAAGCAUUAUCUCUAGUAGUGGAAUCGGACCUUGAGAACAGACUCUCCUUUCCAUGGAUAUUGCGUGAGCUCGCAGAACGCAGAACGCUAGUGCUCGUUGACGCAAACAGCGGACACCCUGAAGACGGGCUGGGCCUGUACCAUGCCGCAAAAGUGCUUGGAAUUAAGCUGGUCGUGCUAGAAAAUGCAGGACACUGGCUCGAAGGACCCGAAUACGCCCACUGGCGCGAAGCUUUCAUCCCAACUCCCUUGACCAAUCCCCCCAAAGAAGACGUAAUCGACCACAUUGUCAACUCCGUGAAGGCUUACGGCAAGCCAGUAGACGGUAUAGUCACUUUCGCCGACUCGUUUUGGCCGUACAUUGCCCAGGCCGCGCCGCAGGUGGGCCUUCAGACCGCCUCGCAAGAGGCGCUCAGAAUCGCGACGAACAAGUACCUGACGAGCGUAUUCGCCGGGCACGAAGCCUAUCGCGCGUCGAGCCUAGACGAAGCGCUCGAUAUUGCUAAGAAAACAGUUAUCCCCUAUCCUCUCAUCAUCAAGCCAUGUGAUGGCUGGAGUUCAGAAGGCGUAUCCCGCGUCGAUGACAUCGACGCCCUCACAGCGGCCGUCAACUCUAUCGAUACAUCGCGCCACGGCACCGAAUUCGUCAUCGAGAAAUACUGCGACGGCCCAGAAGUCGACGUCAAUUUGGUCCUGCUGGACGGCGAAGUCCUCUUCUUCGAAGUCUGCGACGACCUCCCCAAGUCAGCCGAUGUCAACGGCCCCACCGUAGGCUCGCUCCAUAACUUCCACGAGCUGAACAGCGUAUACCCCUCUUCCCUACCCUCUAAGGAAAUAGACAUCCUCCGCAAUAGCUUCCUAGAAAUACUCCUUAAGCUCGGCCUCACAAACGGCAUCAUGCACCUAGAGGGCCGCAUCGAGUUCUCAACAGUCGAAUAUAGAACCGAGAACGGGAUCAUCGACCUCUAUCCCCGAGACACUCAACCUACCCAGGACCCAACAGCCUGGCUUAUCGAAAUCAACCCCCGGCCCCUCGGCAUGACCGGCUGUCAGAUUAUCGAAUCAACUUAUGGAAUCGACUAUUGGGGUCUGGCUUUGCUUCUCGCCGUGGGCGACAAAGCUCGCACCCGAGCCCUGUCUCAACCCUUCAAACAUGGUCCCCAGUAUACGUGCAUUAUGGUCUUUAUUCCGGCGGACUAUCCUGUUUCGGCUCAAGGGAUCUUUGACUCCGAGGAUAUAUGCGCGGAUUUGAUUGCUCGACGACCGGAUCUUGCGAAGCAAAUUAGUCGGUGCGCGUGCCUUGUCAAACGGGGACAGAAGGUUGCGCAUCCGAGCUCCGGGAAGCAUACUUUCUUGGCAUAUUUUAAUGUAUAUUCGAGGACGGGGAGGAAGGAAGCGUUAGAAUUGGCACGGCAGAUUAGGGAGGAGGUGAGGUAUUCGUUUAUUUGAGCUUGGUUUCGGUCCUUGUAGGGUUGUGGACUCGUUGGAGGGUGGAUGGGGAUACCGUUAGAUCAAUGGUUUAUAACCCCUGGGGAUCUAAAAGGAAAGGGCAGUGCGCACUUGCCAACCAGGCCAGCUGUCCACUAUAUGAAAGGGGUCCCUAAUAAUUUAUGAGUUGAGAUACCUUCAUAGCGAUAUCAACAUUCAACAUUCUCAUUGACUUUUAUCAGUGUCUUGAAUAUGAAUACGCAGAUGGUAUCGACCGGGUGAUACAUGAAUUGCAUAGACGAGCCUAUAUUUGUCUCUGUCCAUUGGAUGGAGACGCCUAAAUAAACUUAAUCGCGGUUGACUAAUUCUCCUGUAGACCAUGCGUGUCG